UGGCCUGUGUUUAGUGGGCUACAUAGUGGGCCCACCUUUGUAUUACCACCUCUCCGAAUCACUCUCCACCACCGCCGCCGCCGUGUCUACCGCCCCCGUCUGCCGUCCUUGUUUCUGUGAUUGCUCUUCCCAACCUCUUUUCUCUCUCCACGAAGGAUGGAGCAACGAGACCCUUACAAAUUGUAUGAAGCAUGAGCCUGGGAAGAGUGAAGAAAUGGAUACGGAUCUGUUGUCAGAGGAACUGAGGCUUAGGGAAGCUGAAGCUCAAGAAAACCAGCGGCAUGUUGAUAGGACCCUCUUAGAGGCUAAGAAAAGGUCUUCCCAAUAUCAAAAGGAGGCAGACAAGUGCAAUAUGGGAAUGGAGACCUGUGAGGGGACAAGGGAGAAGGCUGAAGCAACACUGGCUGCACAGAAGAAAAUCACUGCAAUGUGGGAACUCAGGGCUCGUAAACAAGGAUGGACAAAAGCUCCCAUUAAGCUCCCUCGAGAAUCUCCCUCUAACCUCCAUCAAGAACCUCCCUUUAAGCUCCUUCAAGAACCUCCCCCUAACCUCCGUCAAAAACCUCCCAUUAAGCUCCGUCAAGAACCCCCCAUUAAGCUAUGUGGUCAUGAUUAAAAGAUGUUAGCCUGGUAUAUAUGGAAUUUUAAUCCACUAGGAAUCUCUGUCUUAAUCCUAUCCAUGGCCACCAAUUUAAUCAUUCUUUUAUUAGUUUAUUGAGUUAUAGCUUAUUGGUUGCUUCUAAUUUAAGCACAAAAUCAUUUCUGCUGUUCUUGGUUGUUUGAGGCAGUUUGCUUCAAAUAGGAGCUCAUUAGAAUUUGAUGUUUGAUACAGGUUUUUUUUUUUUUAAUC